UACCUGCCGACUCGCUAAUUUACGCUAACCCCGAUCCGUCGUCGAUGCGCUAGUCUUCUCGGGUCUUCUCAACAAAGAGCUGAAGAAAAACUGCUCAGCAGUCCCCGAUCUUGCUGCUUUCCGUUGAAACCAGGAUUUCAAGAAGCAAAAGCUAGGGUUUCCCCCCCUCUCUCUCCCUGUCUCUGUAAUGGCAGGUAUCCAUCGAUCUUCAAGCACUCCCAUGAGAAAUAUACUUCCUCCUCAAGAGCUCCUCGACGAUCUAUGCAGGAUCUAAAGAUGGGGAAGAUGAUUGGUGGAGGACAUGAAUUAAAUGGGCUCUACUAUUACGAUCGUGGAAUAAAGGGAACUGGAGUAGCUUUGCAGUCGAUUUGUUCUGAAUGUACCACAAGAAGACCUACAAUCGUUCGAGAGGAUUUUAUUUCUAGUGGAGCAAGCACAUUGGUUCUAUGAGGACAACUCGAUGGAGCAAAAUCCAUUACUGAAGGCUCUCUCACUUAGAGAAUUCACAUCUUUGAUGUUUAAUAGCUGUGCUGCACUGAGGCCUUAUAUUGCACACAUUGAUGACAUAUACAAGGACUUCACUUCCUAUAAGGUUCGAGUUCCAGUAACUGGAGCAAUAAUUUUGGAUGAAUCUUAUGAACGGUGUUUACUGGUGAAAGGUUGGAAAGCUGGAGCAAGUUGGAGUUUUCCCCGUGGAAAAAAGAAUAAAGAUGAGGAAGAUCAUACUUGUGCCAUCCGAGAAGUCUUGGAGGAAACAGGUUAUGAUGUUUCCAAGCUUUUGAAAAUGGAUGAGUACAUUGAAGUUACAAUUGGACAACAGAGGGUGCGGCUCUACAUAAUUGCUGGUGUUAAGGAAGAUACUGUCUUUGCACCACUAACCAAGAAGGAGAUCAGUGAAAUUUCAUGGCACCGGCUUGAUGAACUUCAGCUGCUCAGCAAUGAUGUAAUAUCACGUGGAGCCAAUGGCCUGAAGCUUUACAUGGUUGGCCCUUUCUUGGUGCCUCUUAAAGAAUGGAUUUCGAAACAUCAACCAGCCACAGCUCAAAAAUCAGAUGCAUCUCUCAAAGGGGCGUGCGUGUGGAAGGCGAAGAACAAUUCUUUGGGAGGCACAUCAGCCAGUGAAGCUCUGUUGAUCAGACCUGGGUCGGAGAUUUAUAUGGUUGAUUCUGGCCCUGGUAAAAGCUUUAGAAAUUUCAGGUUUGACACAGCUCAGAUCCUAAGGUCAAUGGAGGCUGUCUUCUCUGCUACCUAAAAUGUAUUUCUAGUGUCCCCACGGUCCAAUAUAGCUGUUUGUUGAGUUCCCUUCGGGUUUUUGACUGCAGCUUGGAUCAAUGAUUGGGCUAUAGCUGUGUAUAGUGAGUGUCAAAUUUCUGUUCUCUUUGUGCACGGGUGUAUUUGCUCACCCAAUUGUGUGUUAUUUUGUAGAUUAUGGAUGAUAUUUUUAUCGAUGAGAAAAUUGGCAGGUGCUGCUUCUUUUUGAUGUAAAUGAGCAACGGUAAUUGAACUUUUGUCUGUCAA